CUCAAGGUUACAGUCUCUGUUUUUCACUUGUUCCUGUGAAAUUCCUGAAGUUUGGAUCUUUUGUUCUGAAGUCUGAAGACGAAGUUAGAGGAGGACAAAGACGGAGAGAGGAGAGCAGCCUUUAACCCGAGCUAUCUGGACUGACCCGGGUCAGGUCUUCACGGGUCUACACGGAACCACACGGGGUCCACAGUUCGGAGUUUUGAGCUCCUUUAGGCGGGUUGAGAGGGAAGAGUUUGGGGAGAAAUCGUGAUGGACGGGGGAGGAGGAGGAGGAGGAGCUGAGAGGAGAAACAGAUAUGUGGCAAAACUUUGAGUUUGUUCUCUCUGAAAACGAGCUGAAAUCCAAACACCUGAGAGACAGAGUCGGCGUAAAGAUGGAGGGAGAGAAGGAGCAUCAGAGGGAGGAGAAGGAGAGCAACGAGGCGGAGGACGACAGGAUCUCUGAUGAGGAGGAGAACGAGGAGGUGGAGGAGGAGGAGGAGGAGGAGGAGGAAGGUUCAGAAGGAGCAGCCAUGGUGUGGCAGGAAGGAUACGGCGAGGACAACCUGGGCCUUCCCAUCAUGCACUGGGAGGCUCUGAGCCUGAGGAUCGCCGAGCUGGAGAAGGAGGAGGAGGAGAAGAAGGCGAAGAGUCACAGAUAUCCACAGGAUAUUUAAGCAUGGCGUGUUUUGUUUUCCUGAAAAAUGUUGAAAUAAUCAUCUUUAAUAAUGUGAAGACUCCGAACUACCAAUCAAAAUCUAGAUAUGACCUUUAAAGGUUAAAUUAAAGGUCAAAGAUGGGCGGGGUCUGAAAAUCGUCCACUCCGUGCUCUCUUCAUCUUCCUCACCCUGCUCUCUUCAUCUUCUUCGCCCUGCUCUCCUCGUCUACCUCACCGUGCUCUCCUCAUCUUACUCGCCCCGCUCUCCUCGUCUUCCUCACCCUGCUCUCCUCGUCUUCCUCGCCCUGCUCUCCUCGUCUACCUCACCGUGCUCUCCUCAUCUUACUCGCCCCGCUCUCCUCGU